UUGGAAACCCCAUUGACCAGGCGGACUUCAGUAAGGAGGAGACUCCUUAUCAAAAGUUGCCAUUGGGGUCACGUUGAGUGUUGGCGUUCAUUGGUGCUCUGAGCGCCGGCAUGAACGGCUGAUGCCCUUGCUUAUAUAAAUCUACCAAAAGGCAGGGCAUCCUUGCACCCCUAGCCUGAGAAGAACCUUAAGACCUCUGGCAAAGUUGCAGCUGCAAACCAUGGGUGUCCCUCUUGCUCAGAGUCCUCCUCUUUUUGUUCCAAAACUUCUCUUCAAAGACCGACAGCCCACGGCCGUUAAUCGGUUGGAUGAUCCCAUCUGGGAGCAGGCGGACAUACAAAAGCUCCUAGCUUGGUGCGCCUAUGCAGACAUUCUGACGCAGGUUGAAGAGAUCUACCACAGUGGGCGCGACCCUCUGGGUGGUGGCAUUCGGGAGCAGCUAGAAAGGAUGUGCCACCUGGUGGCACCAAACAGGCCGCUUAUGAGGGUCCUUGACGAGUUGAGGAUCUCAGCCACGUUCCCCAGCCUGGGCAGAGCCCUGCGGGGCGACCCGGCCAUGUCUCCAACAACAGUCACAAGCCCAGGGCCGACAGGCACGGACUACUUUGCGCACGUGUCCAUUCUGAACCAGCUGAGCUCCAUGGCCACCCAGCUCCACGAGGACUCGGACAAGCAGCAGAACCACAAGUACAUCGCGCACCAAAUUGCGCUGCUCUAUCAAUGCUUGAACCAGGUGCGGGGGGAGGCCCGCCCGUUCAAGAAGCGGAUAGAGGAGAAGUUCGAGGAGGUCAAGUCGCUGACGGAGAACACGGGCGCCCCAAAAUUGAGCGAGGCGUACAAACAAUGGUUGCGGACGCUGACGUUGGACAUUCAGGAGAUGGUGGGGUCCUUCCCCCCUCAGCUGUCCGCCAAGCUCGGACCAGUUGCAGACGUUUACCGAGCGUCUGCGAGCCAGUUGGGGGUCCACUGAAGGGGGAACGUACCAGGUUCCUGUGUACAGAUAUAUGCUACGGUCGCAGCGCGCGCUUGCGAAGCUUUGAGGCGGCAUGUUUCCAACAGCUCAUGGCAAGCAGAUCAUGAAAUUUGGGUUUGCCCGAGCUGUGAUCGUGUCCGUGCAUAGCCUAAACGUCGAAAUCGGAAUGUACAAAGGAGCUAGGUUCUUGGACUUGGAACAGAUUCGGCGCAGGUUUUGUGCCAGAUCAUUGCGUUGUAUUGCUCGUGCGACUGCGCCAAUGUAGAAUAUUCCCAUCCACGUUGGGGAAUAUACAUUCAUACGCGAGCCGCCGG